UUUACUUCUACAUACAUAUAUGACGUAAUAUCUUAAACAGACAAACUGAUAACAUUUGUUAACAUUUCUUUGAUGUUUGGCCUUCAGUAAUUUAUGAUAAACUUUUAAACCUACUCACAUAGAUAAUAUAUAAUUGAAAUAUUGUUAGUAGUUAAAUUAUAUAUUAUACAAAGCUGUUUUGUUGUACAAUCAAAGUGCUCUCAUAGUAGUUUAACGAUUCUCACUUGACUAUACAUACGUGAAUCAGCCUAUCUGUCUAUAUAUUCAUAAAUAUUGUUGAAUUGUUAUCACAAAUCUUAUCCUACCCUUGCCUGUUACUGAUAAUAGAAUGUUGUUGUGUUUUUUUUUUUUUUUGUUGAUAAUUUACCGCUAUUGGCAAAAAUGUGAAAAAUGAUUGGAUUGACAAUUGUUGCUCAUACGUAAUUUGGACCUCGCGCGGUAAUAUUCACAACGGUUGGAUAAUUGGGUUUUCGAAUAUUUUGGAGUUACUUAGUGAUAUUUUACUUUUAUAAUAAUGCAAUUCCGAAGUUUAAUUUUAUUUGUGUUGGUGAUUGGUUUUGAAAAAUCUUACUCACAGAAUGAUUCGAAAUUGGAUCCACGUAUCAUAAAUGGCAUAACGGCACCUGUAUCGAGAACCAAAUUUCAAGUAUCUAUACGACUGAAGAUAUAUGAUCGGAUAUUUGGAAACGGACAUAUAUGUGGUGGUUCAUUAAUCGGGCCAAAUAAAGUUGUAACGGCAGCACAUUGUUUAUAUGAUUCAGAUAAGAAGCGUUAUCGGAAGGCGCGCGAAUUUGUAGUUGUAAUGGGCACACAAAAUCGUUUUACACGUGUCAAUGGUACUAUUGUUUCAGAUGUAAGUUCGAUUGCUUAUACGAACUCCUUUAGUUUGAAUACAAUGCGUGAUGAUGUUGGAGUUAUGUUCUUAAAGUCGGGACUACCAGUGAAUAAAACUCAUUUGACUAUAUCUCCGAUUGCACUGAGUAAUUCGUCAAUUGCGCCGGGAACUCUAUGUCAGGUGUCGGGUUGGGGUAAAACUAUAACGGGUGUGCUAUCGAACGAAUUAAUGAUGGCUAAUGUAAGCAUUAUACAACAAAACAUUUGUAGAAACUCAUACGGAAGCGGUAUUGUUGAAGGCAUGUUAUGCGCCGGAUACUUAGCGGGUGGCACCGACUCGUGUCAAGGCGACUCCGGUGGUCCGCUGGUUUGUAACAAUGAGCUGGUCGGUAUUGUGUCUUGGGGCAAUGGUUGUGCGCAACGCGGAUACCCUGGGAUUUACACGAAUGUUAGCUACUAUCGUAAUUGGAUUGAUAGUCGCAAUUCUUCAGCGCAAGUGGGUUUUAAAUUUGGUUUCCUAUCGAUAAGCUUUACAAUGGCUAUAGGUUACUUAUUUUAAUGAUAAUAAUAAACGACUUUAUUUAUGUAUAUACAUAAGUAGGAUUUUAUAUUUUCAUAGUAAUUAUUUAUAUAUAUGUAUAUGUAUGUAAAUAUAUAUAUUUUUAAAUCUUUACAAACAA